AGAGAGGGGUAGGGAGAGAGAGUGUGAGAGAGAGUGUGCGGGGUAGGGUGGAGGCCGUUACGUUCGGGGCAACGGCUACGACAGUGAAGAAGCAAUUAGAGAAGCCGCGUCCUGUGCUUCCGCCUUCACUUAGGUGUCGGUAGUGGGGCUGAUAAGGAGAGGAAAGCGAAUCGCCAGUCAGGCGAGCCGGGGCCUGGGCCGGGCUGAACGGGGCUAGUGCGGGUCAGGGCUAUGAGCCUUUGAGGGGUCGCCCGGGGCGCGGAGCGAGACCCGAGAGCGGAGAGCGAUGUCUCAGCCGCCGCCGCCACCGCCUCCCCCUCCUCCUCCUCCUCCUCCCGAGGCGCCGGCGGCGGCCGCCGCUGCGGCGGCGGCUCCGGGGGGGCUCGCGAAGCGGAAGGACCGACGCAUCCUGUCCGGGAACUGCCCGGACCCCAAGUGCCAGGCGCGUUUGUUCUUCCCGGCCUCUGGCUCGGCCAGCAUAGAGUGCACGGAGUGCGGGCAGCGGCACGAGCAGCACCAGCUGCUGGGGGUGGAGGAGGUGACCGACCCGGACGUGGUCCUACACAACCUGCUGCGGAACGCGCUGCUCGGGGUGACGGGGGCCCCCAAGAAGAACACGGAGCUGGUAAAGGUGCUGGGCCUCUCCAACUAUCAUUGCAAACUGUUAUCGCCCAUCCUGGCCCGAUAUGGGAUGGACAAACAAACGGGCAGGGCUAAGCUGCUUAGAGACAUGAAUCAGGGCGAGUUGUUUGACUGCGCCCUGUUGGGCGACCGCGCCUUUCUCAUUGAGCCUGAGCAUGUCAACACUGUGGGUUAUGGCAAGGACCGAUCUGGAAGUCUGCUCUAUUUGCAUGAUACCCUGGAGGACAUUAAGAGGGCCAACCGGAGUCAGGAGUGCCUGAUUCCAGUGCAUGUAGAUGGGGACGGACACUGCUUGGUGCAUGCUGUGUCCCGGGCAUUAGUGGGCCGGGAGCUAUUUUGGCAUGCCUUGAGAGAGAAUCUUAAGCAGCACUUUCAGCAGCACCUGGCUCGAUAUCAAGCCCUUUUUCACGACUUCAUUGAUGCUGCUGAAUGGGAGGACAUUAUCAACGAAUGUGACCCCCUUUUUGUGCCACCUGAGGGUGUACCCUUGGGGUUGAGGAACAUCCAUAUUUUUGGCCUUGCCAAUGUGCUACACCGGCCUAUUAUUCUCCUGGAUUCCCUCAGUGGCAUGAGAAGCUCUGGGGACUAUUCUGCCACUUUUCUUCCUGGACUCAUCCCUGCAGAGAAGUGCACUGGUAGAGAUGGCCAUUUGAACAAACCAAUCUGCAUUGCAUGGAGCAGCUCUGGCCGAAACCACUAUAUUCCUUUGGUUGGCAUAAAAGGGGCUGCUUUACCCAAACUGCCUAUGAAGCUACUUCCUAAAGCAUGGGGAGUGCCUCAGGACCUCAUUAAAAAAUAUAUUAAACUUGAGGAGGAUGGUGGGUGCGUGAUUGGAGGAGAUAGAAGUUUGCAGGACAAAUAUUUACUGAGACUUGUGGCUGCUAUGGAAGAAGUCUUCAUGGACAAACAUGGUAUUCAUCCUAGUUUAGUUGCAGAUGUUCAUCAAUAUUUCUAUAGGAGAACUGGGGUAAUAGGAGUUCAACCUGAAGAAGUAACAGCAGCUGCAAAAAAAGCAGUGAUGGAUAAUCGCCUUCACAAGUGUUUGAUCUGUGGUGCCCUUUCUGAACUCCAUGUCCCUUCUGAGUGGUUGUGCCCAGGAGGAAAAUUGUAUAACCUUGCCAAAAGUACCCAUGGACAGCUGAGACCUGACAAAAAUUAUAGCUUCCCUUUGAAUAACCUGGUGUGCUCAUAUGAUUCAGGGAAGGAUGUUCUGGUACCAGACUAUAAUCUGAGUAAUCUAACAGCUUGUAAUUGGUGCCAUGGUACAUCAGUGCGAAGAGUUAGAGGUGAUGGUUCUGUUGUAUAUUUGGAUGGGGACAGAACUAAUACUAGAUCCACUGGAGGCAAAUGCGGUUGUGGAUUCAAACAUUUUUGGGAAGGUAAAGAAUAUGAUAAUCUGCCUGAAGCUUUUCCUAUUACUUUGGAAUGGAGUGGGAGAGUGGUCAGAGAAACAGUAUAUUGGUUCCAGUAUGAAAGUGAUGUGUCUUUGAAUAGCAAUGUUUAUGACGUUGCAAUGAAACUUGUUACCAAACAUUUCCCUGGUGAAUUUGGGAGUGAAAUUCUAGUUCAGAAAGUUGUCCACACUAUAUUGCAUCAGACAGCCAAAAAGAAUCCUGAUGACUACACUCCUGUAAAUAUUGAUGGUGCUCAUGUUCAGAGAGUUGAAGAUGUACAACAUGGGCAAGAUUUGGAGUCUCAACUUCCAACUAAAAUUAUUCUUACUGGGCAGAAAACAAAAACUUUGCACAAGGAGGAAUUAAAUAUGAGUAAAACUGAAAGAACUAUUCAACAGAACAUUACAGAACAAGCUUCUUUAAUGCAGAAACGGAAAACUGAGAAGUUAAAACAAGAACAAAAAGCCCAACCUAGAACUGUUUCCCCAAGCAUCAUUCGUGAUGGUCCAUCAUCUGCUCCUGCUACACCUACCAAGGCCCCUUAUUCACCAGUAUCUACUAAGGAGAAGAAGAUCCGUAUAACAACAAAUGAUGGCCGGCAGUCAAUGCUUACACUCAAACCCUCAACAACCUAUUUUGAACUUCAGGAAAGCAUAGCCAGAGAAUUUGAUAUUCCUCCAUAUUUACAAUGUAUUCGAUAUGGUUUUCCUCCUAAAGAGCUAAUGCCCCCCAAAGCUGGAAUGGAAAAAGAGCCUGUGCCCUUACAACAUGGUGAUAGAAUAACAAUAGAAAUAUUAAAAGGUAAAGAAGAAGGUGGUCAGCCCAGUGCAGCACACUCAGCACACAUUGUGAAACAUGAAGAUAUUGCUGUUACUAGUAAAAUAUCUUCUAAGGAACUUCAGGAGCAGACUGACAAGGAAAUGUACUCCUUGUGUCUUCUGGCAACAUUAAUGGGAGAAGAUAUCUGGUCUCAUGCGAAGGGACUUCCUCACUUGUUCCAACAGGGUGGGGUAUUCUACAACAUAAUGAAGAAAACCAUGGGUAUGACUGAUGGCAAGCAUUGCACUUUUCCACAUCUUCCUGGUAGAACCUUUGUCUACAAUGCUUCCGAAGAUAGAUUGGAAUUGUGUGUGGAUACUGCAGGGCACUUUCCCAUUGGUCCUAAUGUUGAAGAUUUAGUGAAAGAGGCUGUAAGUCAGGUUCGAGCAGAGACUACUUCAAGAAGUCGAGAAUCAAGUCCCUCACAUGGUCUUUUGAAAUUAGGUAGUGGUGGAGUAGUGAAAAAGAAAUCAGAACAACUUCAUAAUGUGACUGCCUUCCAAGGAAAAGGGCAUUCUCUUGGAACUGCAUCUAGUAGCCCCCACCUCGAGCAGAGAGCUAGAGAAGGUCCAGUUGUCAGAAAACAUACUUCCGGGACAGAUUUUGCUGCUAGUUCUGCAAAACCAGAUCCUUCUGUAUUCACGGCGCCUUCUAGUAACAGUGAGCUUAUUCGGAUAGCUCCUGGAGUAGUAACAAUGAGAGACAGCAGGCAGCUGGAUCCUAACUUGAUUGAAGCCCAGCGAAAAAAGUUGCAGGAAAUGGUUUCAUCUAUCCAGGCGUCAAUGGACAGGCACUUGCGGGAUCAGAACACAGAGCAGUCACCAACUGAUUUUCCUCAAAGGAAAGAAGUUGUAAGUUCAUCAACAAAAUCUGGGAGUUUUCAGGCUGGCUUACCUGAAUCUUUUACUGUAACUGGUGGUACUGAGCAUUUGAAUGUGGAAACAACUGGUGGAAAUGUGGCAAGUGCAGUAGGAACAACAUUUGCCACAAGAUCAAAAGCACAAAAAGGAAAUUCUGUGGAGGAACCUGAAGAGAUGGAUAGUCAAGAUGCUGACAUGACUAAUGCAACUGAGCCAAUGGAUCAUUCUUGAUUAGUGAGGGGCUGAUAAGGGCAGAAUGUUUAUUGUGAAUAUGUAAUGUUGUUGGCUGGACCACAUACAUGAUUAGUCAUUUAAAAGAAAAAAAUCUUGUAUGUAUACUUCAAAGAUUAUAUCUUGUUAUUCAGUGCAUGAUAGCAAGUGUGUGAUUGGCAAUAGCUUUUAAUAUACUCCUGCCCAGGCUGGCUCUGAAUUACCUGUAAAUUAGUUAUAAAAGAUGCACUGAGAAUGAGUUUCUGCUGUAGAUGUGGGUAAUUGAAAGCUCUUUGUAAUUUUAAUUCCAUGAGAGUCUUAAUUCUUAAAACAUGUGAAAGUUCUCUUGCUAAAAGUAUCUAAGAUUAUUGAAAAAGCUAGAACUGGGCAAAAAUUAAAUUUGUUAAAGUUAAUAUUAUUCCAAAUAACUAUCCCAGACAUUUAUUAUAGUGUAAAAAUACAUUUAUGUAAAUCUGAGAACAACCAGAACUGAACUGUAUAUUAAAAUUCAUAAUACAGUAUAUUAGACACUUUAUAUGAACCUGACAUUUCCUUAGAUUUAAACACAUUCAUAAGAGUAUGUAUUCUUGAUUAAAAUAACUUGGAAAUAGGGUGUAAUGAUACACAGUUUUUUUUGCCAGUUGAGCAAGAUUAAAACAAAAAAUGCUAUUCUAGAAUGAUAAAGUGAAUUUGAUUCCGUUAUGUUACUGUCUGUAUCAACACAGCCAGUAGGAUGCUCUGUUAGUAAGUGGUAGCAUGUUAAUAUUGUCUGCUGAAUCUCAAGCCAGGCAAAUGCCACCUAAUUUUUUAAUCUCACAGAAAGGUUGGUUAGAGAGUGUUGUGGUAGGAAGUGCAAUAGAUAAUGGUAGAUAGAGUUACAUGAUCUCCAAUUUUCAAAAUUUUUCAGUCACAGAGAACUUAUCAAAUGAGAAUUAUUCUUUAAUGAGUUGCUUUAUUCUAAAAAUUUGAUCAAUGGUAUUUAACUUGUAUAUGCUAAGUGUCUUUGUUGAAAUUUCUUGGAAGCAGGAAAUGUUUCCUUUUUGGGGGGGAGGGUUGUUUUUUUGGGUGCCCAUAGGAUCAUUAUUUGUUGGCUUCACUUGAAUUUGUGAUGCAAAUUUUGCUGCAUCAUACCCUGAGCAACUUGGCAUUCACUUAGUGUAUUCAUAAAAUCUUUAGUGCCAGCUUCCUUGAGAAGCAGCUGUCGUGCUUAUUCCAUAAGACAAAGAAUGUUUAUCCUGACGUGGUAUUGCACUAUUUUACCUCUUAUCCUGCAGAUUUGCAUUCUGUUAUGUGCAUUUUGCUUUUACAUUCUUCUUCUGUUCACUGAAAUUGAGUUUGAAUAGAUGAAAGACAAAAUUUAUGUUAAUAGUCUCUCCUCUAGAGCAUUGAAGGCUUGACUCUUUCUGUUUGUACAUGUAAAACGGGUCCAUGAAAAUAUUUUAAUUUGGAAAAAAUCCACAGGUUAUCCUAUUAUAUACUUAAAAAUCUUUUUUUUGUCAUAAGGAAUUGAGGCACUUUAAUGCUACCUGGUUUAAAAAAAAAAAAAGGUUCUCUUUGUAAAAGUACAUCAUUUGAAGUCAUGUAAUUUUGGAGAAUCUGAACACUUUAAAACUAAACUGAGUGAGGUAUGUUUGGGUUAAUUUUAUCAAGUUUAUUUUUUUUUUUUAAUUUGGAAACUUUCAGGUUUUUGGUUUCUAAAUUUUACUUAGAAGAAUUUGUCUUUCUGCAGAUCAGAGAGUAGGUUGAGGGAGAUUUACAACUAAUAAUUUUAUAGUAUGUACUAUUUUUGCAUAAAGUGUGAAAUAUAACCACCAAGUAACAUUUCACAUUUGUGUAUAAGAACUCUUAUGUAUAAAUCUACAGACUACAGUAUCUAACCACAAUAAUUAUUUUGGCUUUCUUGGUCACUAAAAUGUACAUUUCCUCUUCUUUUACCACAGGGAAACUGUCUAACAAGGUAAUUCCUUGCUUCCAGGUAAAUCACAGAAUCACCUUUUCUUUAACACAAAAAUAUUUUCUUCACUUGUGACUUUGUGUUUUGGAUUGAUGACUUACAAAUCCUGUUUGAAUAUAAAGUAAAACAAACACAAAGUUAACUUCUCAUAUUAAGUUUUCAUGCAUAUCUAAUGUGAAUCAGAAUGUACAAGCCAAAGCAGGAAUUUGGUCAUAACCUCAGACAUUUUAUUAAUUUCUGUUGCUACAGCAUGGCUGCUUACAUUACACUGAUGUAUGGACAUUAGAUCAGUAGUUUGGGCUCUCUUGUGUUUAAAGAAUAAAAAGCUUGGCUCUGAAGUGAUCAGAUUCCUAGAAAUGAUUUUACCCCAGAUGAGGUCUUGGAUGGUGUAGGUGCUGCCUGAUAGAGAUAAGCAAAAUGACAGAUCUUCACUAAAUCUCACAGUAAAUAGAGGGUCUUUAUAAUUAUUUUGUCUCAUUCUACUUAAUUACAGUCAUCCUUUUUCUUUUACGUGUACAAUAAUCAAAUAGAUUGUUGUAGAAUUUAACAUUGUUAUCUUAGUCCUACCCUUUAUGAUAGCAUGGGAAUCACUGUAAAUGAUCACCAAAUUUUUACUUUGUGAGCUGGAAUGUCUUGCAGUGGUCAUUGCAUUUUUAUGUCCUCUUAGAAGUUAUGCCAUAAUUUUAGGUUAACUUUUCAAACUAAGUUUUAUUUUACAGUGUUUAGUUUGGUUGAAAAUUUUAAAUUAAUUUCUGCAUAUCUUUCCCUUUCAGUUAUCUUUCUUAUAGGUAAACUUAUCAUGUUUGUUGUUAAUGGUCCAAGUUCAGGGAUAUCUAAAAAAAAAAAAAAACCAGAAUAUUGGUAAUGAGUAUGGGGAAACCAGUUGAAUUUUAAAAACUCAUAUAUAACAACAAAAUUGCACAAUGCCAUGUAGGAAAAUAUCUAUUAUUAACUGAAUUUUGAACUAUGAAAAGAUGGUACAUUCAAGAAUAAGUUUAAAAGCCUGAAAUUUAUUGUUUUUCUUUUCACUAUGCUUAAAUAUUCCUUGGGAAGUUUCUAAGUAGCUAAGAAAUUUAGCAGCUGUUGUUGGCUGUGGAAGAUAUGAAGAUAAUUUCUUGCUUUGCAGCAGUAUUGGGGUUGAUUGGUUGGUUGUCCUCCUCCCUCCCCCAAAUCUGCCUUACUGCUUACCGUUGAGAUAUGACUGAAAAACAGCAGAUGUUUUUGGAAAUUUUCAAAGUACCAAAUUUAAUGGAAGGUGAGCAAUAAUUUUUUUCAGGGCGUUGAACCUCAGGGAAUAUCAUUUGGUAAAGUUUCACAUACCAGUCAGUAUUGACAUCUGUUGAGCAUCACUGAUAUAUCAUUUGUUAGCUACAAAAUGGAAAAGUUUAUAACAGUAUUAUUUUACAUGGUUAACUACUCAUAUAAGCUGCUAGCUAACAUUUUCCUAUAAAUUAACACUUAGGAAUGUCUGACUUUUUAGGCACGACAUUAAUAUGCCACUUCUCCUAUUAAUCAUACAAAAACUUGACAUUGACUUGAACUUUUUAUUUAUGCAAUUAUAAAAUCUUUAUUUUUCAAAUCAUAUCAUUUUGUUUUUAAAGCCAUUCAAGAGUACUUUGAUUUGGUCCAUUAUUAAAAUACUGCAGAGAAGAAUUUGAGAUGAAAAAAAAAUUCUCAGUUUACAUUUGGGUUAUUUUUCCCCCAUGGGCCAAAUUUUACAAUUGAAUUUAGAUGGCCUUUUAAAAUUAUUUACAAAAUUUAAAAUUAAUAACAAAAUAGAUAUUCUGAAGUAAGACUGCUAGUGAUUAUUAGAUCAGUUUUGCAAAAUUAUUUUGUCCUAAUGCCCAUCAUUACUAAUUUUGUAAGAAAUUUAUCAUUUUGAGGACCAGAAGACCCAGAACUGUUGGUUUUUAAAAAAUCAUCAUAGUUAAAUGUAUGCUUAGUGAAUAAAAUAACAAAGGGUACUAACAACAUGAGAUUUGCCAGAUAGCUUACCAAGUUCUGCCAUUUUUGACAAUAUAUAGAAGUGUUAAAUGUUUUAAUUCAUAUGUUUAGGAUUAUUAAAUCGUGGGAGUUUUAGCUUUGUUCCAAAACAGCAGGAAUCAUACAAAAUGUGAAUUACUGAAGAAAAUGCCAUUACUUGUAUAUUUGACAUUGAAUUUUUUUAAAUUAUGGAAUCUUUAUGCUUUUAUAUUACAAUAUUAACAUGAUUAUUGUCAUGUAAAAGAAAAGGAAAACUAGAACUUUUUAGUUGAUGUUAUUUUUCCUUGUCAAUAUCAGUUACUUAGUAUUUUACAUUUUAAGAUCUUGCAUCCUUUCUAAAAUGCAGAAUCCCAUUUCUGAGCCUUUAUGCCUGUGGUAGAGCAAUAAAAGACUGAAAAGGUUAUUAGUAUUUUCAGGUUUAUUUGACUUUGAGGAUUAUUGCCAAGAACUAAUGAGUGCACUUUUUGGAGGAAAAUGUUAUUUAAAAUAUGUAAAAAUAAGAAGUAAUAGUGUAUAUAUUUAGAAGACAACAAGUGCUUUAAGUGUUGACUAAAAGAAAUUAGCAUAGAAGUUACACCAUCCCUCACAGCACUGAUUGUUAUCUAGCACGUUUUGAUUUGUUUUAUUUGUGAUUGCUGUAUUAAUUACAUUUGGGUUUUUUAAAUCUGUAAUGUAAUGAUAGUGUAUUAUAACAGUAUAUAGUGUACCAUAUUACACUUCACUGUACAGUAUUUGGAGUUUUCUUUGGUUGCUAUAUUAAAAUUAUAAGUUAAAACAU